GUUUAUCUUAUAAUCCAGAACAACCUAUUAUUUCUCGUGCCUCUGUGAAUCAUAGCUCAUCGAAUGACGAUCAAAUUAUUCUAGCCACUGCAGUCAUAACCAUUCAAGGAAAAUCUGGAGAGUAUCAGCUGGCCAGAGCACUGCUCGAUUCCGGUUCUCAAGUCAACCUUAUAACCGAGGAACUUGCACAACGACUGCAACUAAAAAAAGAAGCGAAAACUCUAAACCUAAUUGGCAUUGGUGAAACAAACUCCACAGUACGGCAAAAAUUACAUGCCACUGUGAGAUCACGUAUUAACUCUUAUGAGUUUUCUACUGAUUUUUGGGUAAUGCCUUCAAUCUCCACUUACCAACCCGACAAAUUUGUGUCAAUGAGUAAUUGGAAUGUUCCUUCUAAUCUUUCACUUGCUGAUCCGCACUUUCACAAACCGCAAAAGAUAGAUCUUCUACUUGGUGCCGAAAGCUUUUUCGAACUGUUGUCGAUUGGACAAAUAAAACAAGGUACUAAUCUUCCAGUUCUCCAAAAAACUUUACUUGGAUGGAUUGUAUCAGGAAAAUAUAAAGAUGUCCCAAGUAAUGUAUCUAAGAUAUGCAAUUUAAUACGCCUUCAAGAAGCAGAGUCAACAGGUGAUUUCUGCUUAAACUCUCUUGUGAAAAAAUUCUGGGAAUUGGAAGAAAUUCCCAAGGAGCUCACGGUCAAAAAAUACACAAUAGAACAACAACACUGUGAGACCAAGUUUCUCAACACAAUUUUACGCUUACCUUCAGGGAGGCUUAAGGUGCAGCUUCCUUUCAAGUCCAACCCCAACCUUCUAGGUCAGUCAUAUGAAACAGCAAAAAAUCGUUUUCUCUCACUGGAACGCAGGUUGUCGAAAGACUGUAUGCUUCAGAAGCUGUAUAUGGAGUUUAUGGCAGAGUAUCGUGACUUAGGUCACAUGACAUUAACUACUGACAACUUUUCUUCGACACCUCAUUACUAUAUACCGCAUCAGUGUGUGUUGCGACCUCAGAGUACCUCGACAAAACUUCGCGUCGUGUUCGAUGCUUCAUGCCGAACAUCUUCACAAGUGUCGUUGAACGACAUUUUAAUGGUUGGUCCAACGGUACAAGAAGAAUUGUAUUCAAUCCUACUUCGCUUUCGUAUGCACAAAUACGCGAUGACUGCUGACAUUACAAAAAUGUACCGUCAAAUCGAAGUUGACGAGGCAGAUCGCAAUUUUCAGCUUAUUCUCUGGAGGGAAAAACCUACGGAUCAGAUUAGCGUUUAUAAACUGAACACAGUGACAUAUGGUACUUCACCUGCUCCUUUCUUGGCAACACGUUGCCUAAACUACUUAAGUGACCUGUACAAGAAUUCUCAUUCAGUUGGAGCAAGGGUUAUCCGACAUGACUUCUAUGUCGAUGACCUAUUGACUGGUGCUGACAGUCUGAAGGAACUGGAAACAAUUCGUACCCAAUGUACUGAAAUUCUUGAUGCGGCUGGACUUAAAUUAGCGAAAUGGUUUUCAAACCAUAAAACGUAUGACUCGUCAGACUUCUUUCUAAAUGUUAAUAAUACUGAUUCCACAAAGGCGCUAGGUAUACACUGGAUUCCCCAGAAUGAUACGCUUAAGUUCCAUGUAGACGAAAAGUUUCAUGACUUGCGAGCAACAAAAAGAAACAUACUAUCAGUAUCAGCUCGACUCUUCGAUCCCCUCGGACUAGUAUGCCCAAUAGUGACUAAGGCAAAAAUUUUAUUGCAAGAACUUUGGCUUCAGAAGCUUGACUGGGAUGAGUCAAUUCCUAUGCAUCUCGAUUCUAGCUGGCAAGCAUUUAAAAGCAACCUGACUCAGAUGGACUCUAUUUCCAUUCCGCGGUAUGUUCAUAUUCAUUCAAAUAUAAAAUGCGAUAUUCACGGUUUCGCCGAUGCGUCAAUGAGAGCGUACGGCUGUUGCAUCUACGUCCGAAUUCAUGAUUCGAAUGGGAUUCAUUCUGAAUUGUUAACUGCCAAAUCUAAGGUUGCUCCUUUAAGCACAAAAUCAUUACCCAGAUUAGAGCUGUGUGCCGCUCAUUUAUUGGCUAAACUAUGGUCUCGAAUUCAGCCGUUGAUUACUUGCGAAAUCGGGGAUGUUUAUUUUUGGACGGACUCUGAAAUUACACUUCAUUGGAUUAAAACUCACCCAUCUACUUUAGCAACAUUUGUAGCAAACAGAGUUGCAGAGAUCCAAGAAUGGACGAGCGAAGUUCUUUGGAGACACGUUCCAUCAAAGCUAAAUCCUGCAGACUUAGUCUCCAGAGGAUGUGAUGUAGAUGAGUUGAUUCACUCAAUUUGGUUUCGUGGCCCAUCAUAUUUGCUUCAAGAUGCCACUAACUGGCCAAAAAAUAGUCAUUUUCCACUAUCAACAGAUGAGAAAAGUUUAGAGAAACGAAAGGUCAAGGUCGGACUUUUAGCAGUUGAAAUUGAAACUAAUGUCAUUUCAAAACUAAUCUGUAGCCAAUCAUCUUACCCAAGACUGCUGAGAAUUUUCGCGUACAUUCUACGUUUUAUCACUAAGAAAAAUGAGAGAGCCAACGCUCUUAUUCCGACAUCAAAGGAGCUUAAUUGGGCAUUCUUGAAAAUCGUUGAAUUUAUUCAAAAUCACGAAUUCAAGGAAGAAAUCGAAAAAAUGAAGAAGUCGCAUAAAUUACCAGUCAGCAUUCAAAAACUAACUCCAUUCAUUCAUACAGUCCAAGAUGGUUCUCGAACAUGCAAUUUGCUUCGUGUAGGAGGUCGUCUACUAAACGCACCACUGUCUUAUGAUUCAAAAUUUCCCUUGCUGUUACCUAAAAAAUUGCAUUUUGUCGAGAUUUAUUUACGAUUUCUCCAUACAACCAAUUGUCAUGCUGGUCCAAAAGCCUUAGAAGUGCUGCUUCGUGAAAAAAUUUGGGUCAUAAAUUCAAGCAAGGCAUGCAGUAAAACCGUAAGAGCAUGCAUAAAUUGUUUUCGAUACAAACCUAAGCUGUUGACCCAAGUAAUGGGAAACUUACCUGCAGAUCGGUUAAAGGCACUACGACCCUUUUUAAUUAGCGGUGUCGAUUUUUGUGGGCCUGUAUACACCACUUUGAAAAUUCGUGGUCGACCACCAGUUAAAAUGUAUAUCGCAGUGUUUGUUUGUUUCACGUCAAAGGCUAUACAUUUAGAACUUGUAACAGAUCUGACAACUAACUGUUUUAUUUUUUGUCUUAAAAGGUGCCGAUCGCAAGCUGAGAGAGCUGAUAGAGGCGUUUCGAGAGCACAAGGACGAUCUGGCAUACUAUGCUGCACAAAAGGGCAUAGAGUUUGUCUUCAUACCACCCAGGGCACCUCAUUUCGGAGGAUUAUGGGAAGCGGCGGUAAAGUCGGCAAAACACCACAUACAACGAACAACCAACAGUGCGCUUCUUACCAGCGAAGAACUGCAAACAGUGCUCGUAGAGGUAGAAGCCCUGCUAAAUUCUCGGCCACUCAGUCCAUUGAGUCAAGACCCGAACGACAAAGAGGCGCUAACACCAGCACACCUGUUGAUAGGAGGUACUCUCCACACGCUGCCGCAAGAAUCCGCACAAGGCGUCUCCGACAACAAAUUGACCACUUUGAAACGUUGGCGUCUGUUAUGCGAGCUCAAACGGAGGUUUUGGCAGGCCUGGUCGAAAGAUUACAUCCUACAGCUGCAGCCCAAGAACAAGUGGGUGUUCGAGCAGCCGAAUCUCGCAGUCGGCCGACUAGUCGUCGUCCAAGAAGACAACCUUCCCUCUCACCAGUGGAAGCUCGGAAGGGUGGAAGCCGUAAUUACAGGUCGCGACAAUAA